UAGGAAGAAAUGUGAUAUUUGAAAUUCAAAUGUUUAUAACGGAUGAACUCCCCGUCGAGCUUUGUUGAAGAGAGUUGGGAUGUUGGGGACCCGACGCCAAAAACAUCGCACGGAACUGACCCCUCUCCGAGCUUUUCUCUCUCUCCCCGUGCCUGUGUUGGGCUCUCUCUCUCUCUCCUGCCACGCACACCAACGCCAGCUCUUAUCACAGGACAACGGCUGGCUGGAAGGACUGGCGAGGACUCGGCAGGACUCGCAUUAAGGAUAGCACAGGAGCAGCAGCAACAGUGCGAUGGAUGCGACACGCAGUGGCUUAUAAGGCGAAGCCCGAAACUGGAGCAGCUCAGUUCGCUGUGGGCAGGCGUCGCUGAAGGUAGUAGCUCCAUUCAAGCAGCGGAUCCAGAGGAAGUCCAGAUUCCAGAGUCGGAAGCCGAGCAAUCAGUACCAUCAGCACAACCAGGAGCCAAUCCAAUCCUCCUAGACCAAACAAAAAAAAAAGUGUGAAAGUGAGUGCGCGAGUGAAAUCAAACGAAACGUAACGAAACGAAGCCAGGCAAAGUAAACUUGACCAAACUAAUACAAAUUGAAUUGAAUUAAAUUGUGAGAGGUGGAGCAGUAGCAGCAGCAGCAGCAAUUAAAAGGAAAUUGCUUGCAGCCAAAGGACCAAGGAUAAAAGGGCCAAAACGACGGUAUACGCCCCGUUUAUGUCACGCUGCAUUUGCACAUAAUUGCAAACUGUUGCGCGGCCUGCAGUUUCGCUUUUUACUGCCAGGCAAUAAAAUAAAAAUCCAUUUGCCCGAAACCAUUUUCCCCACUAAAAACCCCCGACAACUGUUGCACACAUAUGACACCCAUAUACCACACACCAUAUAGGACUUAGAGAAGUGGACACAUGGAAUACAGAACACAGGACACGGGACACUCUACACCACACUGCACUUGGGGGAACUAGACCAUAACCAUUCAUUUUACGAUCUCGGCCUUGGUCAUGCCCCAUUAAGUAUGCUUCUGAAUGUUUUGUUCAAGUUUGAAACCGAAAGCGAGAAACGAAAACCGAAAUACGAAAAGUGCACAACUGAAAAUGAUGCUAAAAUAAAAAUUACAAAAAAUAUCGGCAUAAAAAAAACCUAAAGGAGCAGCAACUUUCAGUUGAAAUUUCCAUCAGAAAUUCCGAGUUCUGGCCAAGAACAAGCUGAGUGUCAAUUUAUGCAGCCAUAAAAGUUAAAGGGGAAAAAGGACCUCGAGCGCAGCAGAAAGGAAAAAGGAGUUCCAGUCUUUAUCUACCAGUCGCAGCAUUAGAGGACGUGCCCGGCAUGCCAACAUGAUGUAGUAGACGAGAAGUCCUCAGCAAGGACAGCUCAACGAGACUCAGACUCAGGCUGUUGCUCUGGUGAUGCCCCAUUUCUAUUGCCAUCGACUUGUUUGCGCCUCCGAGCCUUGAUAAGAAAACGCCGAGAGUCUGGACCAAUUUAUAAUCGGGCCAAAAAACAUAACGAAUUGGGUAGGCAAAUCCCGGUCGCAAGUUUCCAAGUGAUUAAUUUCACAAAAAGACGAGGGGCAAAAAGAGAAACAACAACUUGAGCCAAUUACAACAGCGAGGCAGAUAAGAAAAAGCCAGAUGCCGCCAUGAGUUUCCUCAGCUCCAUGCAGCAAUAUGUAACAAGUGGCAUCUCCAGUUUGGGCCUUGGCAACCGCCGCUUCUCGCUUUCGCGGCAGGAGUCGAGUGAGCAGCAGUCGGGGAUCGGAGGCGCCACACCUGGCGGCCUCGUUUCCGGUCCGCAGCAGCAGCAACAGCAGCAGGUGCCGUUUCCGCAGCAGCAAUUGCAGCAGCAGCAGUCACUUCCGCAGCAGCAGCAGCAGCAGCAGUUGCUGUUGCAACAGCAGCAGCAGCAACAACAGCAGCAGCAGCAACAUGGACACGCCCCCUUGCAGCAACAAGCGAGCAUUGGCAGCGGACUGGGCGUAUAUGGCACGCCCGCCCCGCCCACCGGCGUGGUGGCAACUUCCGGGGGCGGCACUAAUUACCCCUCCGGAGGCGUGGUAAUCGGCAAUCCAAAUGCGACCAAUCCAUUACUGGGGUAUCCGAAAAUUCCAGGUGGUUCUGGGGGACCCGGCAGUCCCUCGACUUCCGCCUCCGGAGGGGGCACGCCCCAAUCGCGUCGCCAGUCGAGGGCGCUGGAAUGCCUGGCCCCGCCCCGCACCGGAUCCUUCAGGCAGCGAAACUCGCCGCUGCACCAGCCGGAUCCGCCGCCCCGUCCCCCGCUGGCCUUCUGCAAACGCCGGUUGAGUUGGCCCGAAGUGGACCCUCGCUCCAAUUCCGGGGUACAGGAAACGGAUGGGUCGUACUUUGAGAACUUUACAUCGCUCGGUUGGAAACGUGAAAAUCGUCGCAUGUCGGCCACGCGUGCCGCCGAAGCACGUGCCGAGGCUAAUCCCGAGAAUGAACGUGAUCCGCCGGCGAGCGAGGAGUCCAUUGACCGCCAGGACGAGAAGGAGAAGCUGUACGCGGAGAUCCUGCACACCAUUGCCAACACGGUGGGCGCCCCGGCUCCAGGUGGCCAGUUUGCACAUUACAAGGACGAAAUGUAUCUGCACGCACAGCGCGCCUUCGGUGUCAAUCCGGAUCGUCAUUAUCGCCUGCUGCACGCCUCCGCCGAGGAUAAACCAAAGAUAAUCGUACUCUCUGCGGUGGUAAUCGAGGCUGAUGGCCUCGAGGCAAAGGAUGCCAAUGGUUUCUCGGAUCCGUACUGCAUGCUGGGCAUCCAGCCGGACGAAAACGGCGGUCCGCCCGUGUCGCCGCUGCCGCUGCCGCCGACGCCGCGCGCCCUCUCGGCGGACAUGAGCGGCGGCUUUGAUAACAGCGCCACGGACUCUCCGCCGCACCGGAAGCACAGCUUCCGGCUGAGCUUCAAGCGGCGGGAGGCGGGACGGCGGGAGCAGCGCGACUCACUGGGCGGACCCGUACCGGCCAAGCUCAUCAAGGCGACCAGCAUCAAGCCCCACACGCUGACCCCCAAGUGGAACGAGAAGUUCAAAUUCGACAUUGAUGACAUCAAUACGGACACCUUCCACCUGGACAUUUGGGACCACGACGACGAAAGCUGCGUCAUGGACGCCGUCUCGCGACUGAAUGAGGUCCGUGGAGUUCGAGGAUUGGGCCGUUUCUUCAAACAGGUGUGCCAAUCGGCUCGCCAGGGCUCCCAGGACGAUUUCCUGGGAUCCGUGAACAUUCCGGUAUCCGAAAUCCCAUCCACCGGACUGGAUGCUUGGUUCAAGCUGGAGGCACGCAGUCAUCGGAGCACCGUUCAGGGCAGAAUCCGGCUUAAGAUGUGGCUCUCAACUCGCGAGGACCGGAGCACCGUCAGCGAGGAGAACCACGAGCAGCAGAUCCACAAGGUCGAGCAGCUUCAAAGGGUCUUCAUGCAGCACGAGGUGACCACGCACGAACCUUCGUGGACCUGGUGUGGCGAUCUACCGGGUCCGGCUCUUACCAUCCUGCAUCAGCUGGCCGUGCAGGGGGAUCUGUCGGACCUGCACUGUGCCAUGGCAAGAUAUGUGGCUGCUGCCAAAUUGAAUAGAUCCACCCCGCUGGACCCCAAAUUCCUCCACCGGCUGCUCAGCGAUGUGGAGAAGCAGUGGAAUCAGCCCAACCAAGAGGCCCUUAGUCGAGAUCUCGAGCAGUGGCUGGCGGAUGCCAUGAACGGCUUCGUGGAGCGCUCCCUCAAUCAAAUCCGACGGCACCGGGACAUUUUCCCCGCCUUGAAUCCACCCUCGCUGAUUCGCCUGGAAUUCCUGCUGCGCUGCCUGGGACUCCUGGGUUCGAUGAGGGCCUUCAGAGCCGUGUGUCCUUUCAAUAAGGGCGUGAGGGGCGAGGUGGUCAACGCCCUGCGUAAGGGAUCCGUGAUGUGGGGCCAAACCGUGAUGCGGGAGUCGCAGGGACUGCCCAAUCCAUUAUCGAAUUUCGUUACAACAUUAACGGCCGACAUUCAGCUGGGACAGACGUACUAUCAUGCCCUUUUCGACAACACGAAUGGGAUUCAGUACUUCAGCAUCAUCUACAAACAAUACGAUGCGAUGGUGGGCGAGGAGGUGUACAGUCGGAUGGCCGCUGGGCAGGUGCCCGGGGUGCGGAUGAACCUCUCCCAGUACGCCGUGCUCGAGGGCGAUGCGGAGCCGGUGGAUACCAAGCCGUUCGAGCUUUUCCUGGCCCUGCAGGAGUUCUGCCAGCUGAAGCGGCACCUGUCCGCCCAGCCGCAGCCUCCGGAGAAGCCGCUGGCGUUGAGCAACAGCCACGAAUGGUUUAUACCCACGCUGGAGCGGUGGAUGAUGGUGAGCAAAGCUAAGGCGCUGCAGAGGAUCAGGGCGGCUAUCCGCAUGGAUGCCAUCUGCGAGGGCGAGCGGAUUGUGCGGUACAGUAGUUCCUCCGUGGACACGGCCAGCACGCUGCUGAACAUCAAGGAGUUCUGGAAGGUGAUGAACUGGCCGGAUGAGGACACGGCCAUCAUGAUGGAGUCGCAGCUCAUUGAUGUGGUCUGUUCGGCUGCCAUGCACUAUUGCGAUCUGAUUCACACGGCCUUGGCGGACAGUGGUUACUAUGAGCAACAGGGUCCAUUCCGGUGCUCCGAUGACAUGUGCGUCACCGUCAACAAUGUGGAGUAUGUGCGUCGCACUCUGGCGGAGUUUCGAUCCGAUGAGCAACCACUGGAGGAGUCGGCAGAUAACCUCCUGGAGUCCAGUCUCACCCACAUGGAGAACCGGUGUGAGAGGAUCUUGUCUAAGUUGGCUCCACUCAUGCAGAUGUCCCUGCAAAAGGCCAUGUUCCAUCUGGCCUGGUCACCUGACUCCCUGCCCGCGAAUCAAGCUAUUGUUCCUUUGUUGGAGUACCUGGAUUGCCACCUGGCUGCCCUGAACAGUGCCCUGCUCACCAAGAACUUCAACCGUUCGCUGCGGUUCAUUUGGAAAACUGUCCUGGGCGAAAUGUCGCGGCAAAUGGAAACCGGCGAUGAGACGGACAAGCCAACGCAUUUCCACAAACGUCUCUAUGAGGCACUGCAGCUGCUCAUCGAUUUCUUUCAUGCCGAGGGUCAGGGAUUGCUCCUGGAGUGCCUGCACACCGAGGAUUUCUGGCGCAUCGAGCAGAGGCUCCAGUUCCACAAAACGGACACGGAUCGGCUUAUAGAUAUGUUCUACAUGCAACGUCUGAGGGAGCAGCUGAUGGCCGUCAUGCCAUCUCCAUAUGGAUCGCUGGCCGUGAGGGCCUACUUCAACCACGAUUCGCUGUGUGUGGAGGUCCUGCAUGCCCGAGAUGUGGUGCCCUUGGAUCCGAAUGGUUUCAGCGAUCCCUUCGUCGUUAUCGAACUGCUGCCCCGCAGGAUUUUCCUUCACUGCAUGGAGCAGCAGACCAAUGUGCACAAGCGCACUCUGAACCCCGUUUUCGACGAAUGCUUCGAGUUCUCGGUGACCCUAGAGCAGUGUUUAACUGAGGGUGCCAUGAUCUGCUUCACGGUGAUGGACCACGAUGUUCUGACGGCGAAUGACUUUGGUGGGGAGGCCUAUUUGGCUCUGGGUAAUAUUCCCGGAGUGGCUGACUACAGCACGAGUGUGGACAACUUCCAUGGUCUGAAGCAAAUCGAACUGCCCCUCAUGGAGCAGAAGGAUAAAUGCAAUCCCAUUUUGCAAAUCCUCGAGGUGCGAAUCAACGACAAACAGGCGCAGGACUUUGUGCGCAAGCAAAAAGCGCGAUUUAUCAAUUGAUUUUAAAAAGGAUUGAAAUAGAAAACAGGACUACCGAACGAACCGUUUGUAAAACGUUUUGAACCCCGAUGAAAGUGCGGAUCGAGCAAUGUAAUUGCAACGAUGGCGACGACGAUGAUAACUUAACCAAAGCUAAAUUGUAACCAAUCCAGCAUUGUAUGUAUUGUAUUUAAUCUAGUUGUUUGACAAAGACUCCUCCUUCUCUUCAGUUUGUAAAUGUUAGCGAAGAAUCGAAAUUCAAAUGGUGCAAAUGUGACGAGUAACACGAAUGUGGAAAACCAGGUUCCCUGCUCUACACUAAAAGUUGCUUGAACAAAAUUACGGAUAAAUUAAAAACACAAUUUAGGGACUUAUUAGAAGCCUAGCAUUGCUGAAAUUGUCACAAUUGGGCAAUCCAUGAAAAGUAAUUAGCCAACAAAGUCACAAAAAUAAACGAACACACAAAACUCGAGCUACCUACUCCAGCACCCAGAUGCGUUUUGAAGACUUUUACCAGAAACACGAUUAAGAUAUAAAUACAAGGAUUUUCCGACCACCGGAACUUCGUUAAGAACGCGCAAAUAUCACAUAUACACAAAACAUUUUUUGGGUCAAUUUAAAAUAUACGAAUAUAUCAGCAACAUGUAUACCUAAAUAUACAAAAGACAAUUCAGCAUCUUUUCUACCAUAUGUCAGGAAACAAUCAAAAUCUGCGUAACUCUGAGCUUCUUUGAAACCCCCCAAAAAAACGAAAACAAAACCAAAGACACGAAACAUAAUCACACCCAGACAUACAGGAUAAAGCUAUUUACAAUACUAAUAAUUAUGAGAUAUAUGUACAUGAUUUGUACAUUUUAUAUCACGCCCAAAGGACAGUGUAACUAAGUCUAAAGUAUAUUUGUAAACUAUUUUCUGAGCACAGAUUUUGUAUAAAUUUAUUAGACACGCGCUUGUCCCCCGAGAGGCAGCCUUCAGCUCUUUUGCUUAUACACAACUUAGGGCUUUUCCCCGUUUAACCCGACCAUCCCAUCCAACUUUUACCGAACUCUCUCCGCCAACCCGACCCGUCCCCAAUUGGUUUUUUCACCCAGAAGGUCUCGCUUCUAUUGUAAAUUUUGUACUAUAUACAAUGGUCUCUAUAAUGAAGGAACUUAAACUUAAACUUAAACCUAUACACGCGGUUAGCUGUGUAUAUUAUGAAUAAUGAAAGAAUUGUUGAAACUGUAACUCUUAACUGUAAACUGUAGCAAGAACUUUUUAUACCUUUCGCAAAGGAGGCAGUGGGCGUGGCUGAGGACAAUUUUAGAGAAGAAAACUAAAGAUAAAACCCAUACUAAAAGAUGCACAACAAAGAUGAAAAUCCAAGUCAAAUUACAACUAUUUUUAAUAUUUACACUUAACUCAAGCGAUCUGCAAGAAAAUUUCAUGAUUGUUAAUUACAAAUGAAUGGAGUAUUAUGCAACCAAAUAUAAAUAUAUAGAUAAAUGGAUAAAUAAUUAAUCGGUAAUCAGUAUUUAGUUUGUAAGAGAAUCCUUUGGUUUGGAAUAAUUGCACAGCCUUUCAAAGUCUUAGUCUAUACUUUUAUUUCCAUUUUUGAGUUUGGUUUUUCUUCAACUUCGUUAGUCUGCCAUCGCCAAGACAUCGACAGUGAUCGGGAAGUUAUGAUCCCCAAGAGACAAACAUCGAAGUAGAGUCAACGCUGUACGAUUAUAAUUUCAAAAGCUCUAUAUGCUGUGUUCUUCUGAAACGCCUCCUUCACCCAGUAUCUUCCAAAGGGCACUCGUUAUUUUUAAACUCCUCACUCCUCAAACUGCUAUCUUCCAGAAUUUUUGUGCAGCAAAACCAGUAAAGAGAAAAAUAGUUAAAUGGCUAAACAUAAAUAUAGGCAAGAGUUUGCUGUACUAACCAACCAUAACUACUGUGUUGAUAUGUGUACCUAUGAUAAUUUCCUAUAUCGAAUAGACAAAUUCAAACACACAAGCGGGCAAACAAGAAUAAAACUAAAUCAAAUUAAAUUAUUCAUGUUACAAGCACUAGAAACUAAAAACUAAAUACAUAUGUGAAGCAAGCAGAGUAGGAAAAAUAUAAACCAAAGUGGAAUUUCAAUUGAAAGCGAAACUGUUAAAGAAUGCGAAAAUUGGCCAAACAAAGAGACCAAACGCAUUUCCCAACCGCAACAAAACCAACAAGCAACUGAUACUAUUGAAAAUCAAGGCCAAAACACGCAUGAACCUAUACUAUAACUAUAUAUAUAUACAUAUUUAAAUGUGCAAUUGUUGUGCUAGUUACAGAAUAUAAACGAAUCCUACAAAGAGCCCUCCUACAUAUACAGAUUGAAAAUGCGAAUACAGAUACUUUUAAUUGCCACAUUUACAAGUGACCAGCAGAUGAGAUACAAAACGGCAACUAUUUUCGAUGACAAACGAUACAAGUGUUUAUUUCCCCAUUCAGGGCAGACUUUUUACAUGAAACAGCACACCCCCCAACAGAAACUAGGUAUUUAUAACUAUUGUAUUUUUUGUAUGCCAAGACAGAACUACAUAAAAAACACUCUACCGCCGAAACUUGAUAUGAAUAUUUUGAAGGAAACCAACAGAAAGAUAAACAAAAUAUAUAGUUUUUUAAAUGUGAAUGCAUAUAAAUUGUACGUGUGUAUUGCAAAUACCAACGGGCCAGAAUUCAGGUUCCUAAGCUCCCCUCCGUAAAUAUCUAAACAGAUAUCUAAAUAGCAAACACCGCAAACUCUUAACUAACCCUAAGUACAUAAUUGUGUAUCUGUGCAACUGCUAAUAUCAAAUCAAAACAAAUCGAUACGAAAACGAUAGGGAAAAUAAGAAUGAAAACGAUGAAAAAACCCUUAACACAUAUUCAAUGUAAAUUCAACAAAAUGCUGCAGAAAAACAUUAUCAAAUUCAAUCAAUAAAUGUCAAUGAA